CAGUUCCCUUUGUACGGUGCGGUGCAGUUUGUUCUGCCCUCCCACUCAAAAACACCUUAAAAAAUAUUUUGGUUUCUUCUGCCGUCGAAUUCUAUCCGAUUCCGAUCGGAUCUCCGGCGAUCUAUCCCAUCCUACCUUUCCCUCUCCUCUCUUAUCUUCUAAAACCUCAAAAAAAGAAAAAAAAAUUACAGAAGUAGACGACCAACAUCCUCAGUUUAGCGUUUUCAUCUCUUGAAUUUAAUUUUUAGAGUCAGAAGUAUUAUCUUGUUAUCUCUCUGAGUUUUUGCUUGAAAAGUUACCAGAGGAGAGGGGAAAAACAGAGAAAAAGAAAAAAAAAAGAGAGAACGAAGAUUCUAGAAUUUUGGCCAUGGCGCAGAUUCAGGUUCAGCAUCAGGCGCCAAUAUCGGGGCCAAACGGAGUGGCGGCUGGGAACCAGUUCCUUACGACGUCGCUAUAUGUUGGCGAUCUAGAUUUUAAUGUGACCGAUUCGCAACUCUACGAUCUGUUUAAUCAGGUCGGUCAAGUCUUAUCGGUCAGGGUUUGUCGUGACCUGAGCACCAGGAGGUCACUUGGCUAUGGUUAUGUUAAUUAUAGCAAUCCCACAGACGCGGCAAGGGCAUUGGAUGAGUUGAACUUCACUCCUCUGAAUAACAAACCUAUUAGGAUCAUGUAUUCUCAUCGGGAUCCUAGUAUUCGAAAGAGUGGUACUGGAAACAUAUUUAUUAAGAAUCUGGAUAAGACUAUUGACCACAAAGCAUUACAUGAUACAUUUUCUUCAUUUGGAAACAUUCUCUCUUGCAAGAUAGCUACUGAUGCUUCUGGGCAAUCCAAAGGCUAUGGGUUUGUUCAAUAUGACACUGAAGAAGCUGCUCAAAGUGCUAUUGAUAAGCUACAUGGCAUGCUUAUUAAUGAUAAACAAGUUUAUGUUGGACACUUUCUUCAUAAGCAUGAAAGGGAUAGUACAUUGAGUAAAACUAAAUUCAAUAAUGUCUAUGUGAAAAAUCUUUCUGAAACAAUAACAGAUGAAGAUUUAAAGAAUGUUUUUGGUGAAUGCGGAACAAUUACAAGUGCUGUAGUGAUCAGGGAUGGUGAUGGAAAAUCCAAGUGUUUUGGAUUUGUCAAUUUUGAAAAUGCAGAUGAUGCUGCUAAUGCUGUUGAUGCUCUUAAUGGUAAGAAGUUUGAUGAUAAAGAGUGGUAUGUUGGAAAGGCUCAGAAAAAAUCUGAAAGAGAGCUUGAAUUGAAAGGGCGAUUUGAGCAAAGCAUUAAGGAAACUGUAGACAAAUUUCAGGGUUUGAAUUUGUAUGUUAAGAACUUGGAUGAUAGUAUUGAUGAUGAAAAAUUGAAGGAAUUGUUCUCUGAAUUUGGCACAAUUACUUCCUGCAAGGUAAUGCGUGAUCCAAGUGGAAUCAGUAAAGGCUCUGGAUUUGUGGCAUUUACAACUCCUGAUGAAGCAACUCGAGCUCUGAUGGGGAUGAAUGGUAAAAUGGUUGUUAGCAAGCCACUUUAUGUUGCACUUGCCCAGAGGAAAGAGGAGAGGAGAGCAAGGCUUCAGGCGCAGUUUUCACAAAUGAGGCCAGUCGCUAUGGCCCCCUCUGUCGCACCUCGUAUGCCAAUCUACCCUCCUGGUGCACCUGGCCUUGGCCAACAAUUUUUAUAUGGCCAAGGACCACCAGCUAUGAUUCCUCCACAGGCUGGAUUUGGUUAUCAGCAGCAACUUGUUCCUGGAAUGAGACCUGGUGGGGCUCCAAUGCCAAAUUUCUUUGUUCCAGUUGUUCAGCAGGGUCAGCAAGGCCAGCGACCUGGAGGGCGACGAAUGGCAGGUUCUGUGCAACAACCCCAGCAGUCACUACCUGUAAUGCAGCAGCAGAUGCUUCCUAGAGGGCGUAUGUAUCGAUACCCACCUGGUCGUAGCAUGCCAGAAGUUCCAAUGCCUGGUGUUGCUGGAGGUAUGCUCCCUGUUCCGUAUGACAUGGGUGGGGGCAUGACCAUUCGAGAUGCUGCUGUUGGACAACCUAUGCCAAUUACAGCAUUGUCAACUGACCUUGCAAAUGCAUCACUAGAGCAGCAGAGGACGCUGCUGGGUGAAAGCUUAUACCCUCUAGUGGAACAGCAUGAAAGGGAUUCUGCAGCCAAGGUUACAGGCAUGCUUCUGGAGAUGGACCAGACUGAGGUCUUGCAUCUUCUUGAGUCACCAGAGGCAUUGAAGGCAAAAGUGGCAGAGGCGAUGGAGGUACUGAGGAGUGUUGCUGCUCAGCAAGCUAACAACCCAACAGAUCAACUGGCCUCGCUUUCAUUGAAUGAUAAUCUUAAUUCUUAAUUAUGUUGGUGUGAGUUAAUGAGUGGAUUAGACACAAACUAAGUCUGGUUUUUGGUACUUAAAUGUAGGCUUAUGACAUAAGAACUUGGAUAUGUUCUGUUCUGUUUUUGUUAUGUUUACUGGGUUGCUAAUUUUUUAUCGUUCUUAGUACUUGAGUUCCAGUGAUUUAUUAUUAUACCGUUCUUAUUUUUAAGCUAAACGUCUGAACUGUGAUUUAUUAUUACAGACAAGGUGCUAUGCCUUUCACGA